UAAUCAUGGCAACACUGUAACCGUGACAUUCGACGAAAACAAAUGAAAAACGUUGUUUGUUUCUUGAUUGUUACAUGUUAAUAAUCAUCAAAAUAAUUCUUAUAAAUAAUAGAAUAGCUUUAAAUACAGAAAAUAACUAAUAACUACAUGUGUGUUGUAGAAUUAAAUCUGUUAUGAUUGUUAACAAUCGCAUCAGUGUAACAAAAUGUCUGCAGCCGGCGAGGACGACAGCAAGAUGCGUUUGCAAAAGAAAAUCAGCGCCGGGACAACUUUACUCAAGGAGCAGCCGUUCGUUUUCGUACUCAGCUCGAAACUACACACACAGUACUGCGACAAUUGCUUUCAGAAAGGGCAGUUAUUGAAGUGUUCCAACUGCCAGUUUGUGUAUUAUUGUGGAAAAGGUUGUCAGCGUGAGGCAUGGUCAAUUCACAAGCCGGAAUGUGUGAGUUUGCGACGUGUUGCACCUCGGGUGAUACCAGAUGCAGCUCGACUUCUUGCACGACUCAUUCGGAAACUCCGCAAGGGUGGAGAUCUUGUGAAAAGUUACUAUACAGAAGGAAACUUUCGAAUGUUUAAAGAUCUCAUGUCACAUUACACGGAUUUGAAGGAAAACUCGAAGAAAAUGGAACAUUUUGUAUCUUUAUGCGGUGUUUUAUUCGAUUUUCUCGGCGGUGAAUCACUUCCCAACUCAGCGGAGCUGAUGGGCAUGUAUGGCCGAAUGUGCGUCAAUAGUUUCAACAUCUGUGACGCUGAAAUGGUCGCCUUGGGCACGGGUAUUUAUCUCGGUGCGUCGGUGAUUGAUCAUUCAUGUCGCCCGAAUGCGGUGGCGACUUUUGAAGGCACCACACUCUAUAUUCGUGCGAUUGAAGACCUGCCAUGUUUAGACUGGACACAUAUACAUAUUAGUUACAUUGAUGUAAUUGCAACGACGGAAAGUCGCCGGGAUGAACUCCAGCACACUUAUUAUUUCAUCUGUCAGUGUCCAAAGUGUGUGGAUACAAGCAGUCAUUAUGUUACAGGCGCUGCAUGUCAGCAUUGUAUCAUUGGCUGUGUGAAUAGUAAAACUUUCAAGUGUGAGGAUUGCGGCGAGGCUGCUAGUAUUGAAUUCAUCGAAAAGUUUCGCGAAAUUGUUGAAUUCUCCGAUGGACAUUUAAAAAACAUGCAGGAUAUGGCUUAUCUGGAUGUGUGUAAAUUUUGUCUAGACAGGCAGAAAGGUGUCCUGCACAAGUUAAAUCGUCAAUAUGUAAGAACUCUGGACCUGGGCUUUCAGGCUAGCAUCGAUUUCGGUCAGUGGAAGGAUGCGCAAGUGUUUGCAACGGAAUUAAUCGAUGGAUACAAAAUGUACUAUGGGGAUGUGCAUCCGUUGUUGGGGUUGUUGUACUUGAAACUGGGGAAGAUUUUAGUCUACAAGGCAAAGUGUAAUGAUGCUUUGCAAUAUUUAAAACUGGCGUUUGAUAAUCUCAAGUUAACACAUGGUGAUACCAGUAGAUUAUUUCGAGAUGAAUUGUUGCCAUUGAUGCAGCAAGCGCGAUUAGAAACCGGAUCUUUUUAAGUUUUGUAUAUUAUAUUGUAAGAAUGUUUCUGUAAAUCUAUUAUUCCAA